UAGAUGUAGUCGCACGGGACGCGCGUCGUGUCUUCCAAGAACUGAUUUAGUUUUCUUUCGCGUUUGGAAUUGGAGCGGACACUGAAAAGUUCCUUUACAAACAAUUAUUUUAUACGUACUGUUACGUACCUACGUAUACAGGAUAAUAUUAAACACAAUAAAUACUUGCCUCCAAAGAAGCACUUAAUUAGCAGGAUAGUAAUCGUGACACACACACGAGACCUGAGUGACCUAAUAAAUAACUGGCUCGUCCCUAAAAUAUGUAUAUGGAUAUGCAUAUGUGUACCUACUAUACAGAGAUACAGAGAAGCAGAGAGAGAGAGGACUGAGCUUGUAGAGCAGCGAGAAAAGCUGGUCUUUCAUUGUUUACUGUAAACAUACCACCACCCCUACUACCCACGUAACAAGCGUGUAUAUUAACGCGGAUGAUGGUGCACAAGGUGUUUGCUUGCUGACCGCUGCGCAGUGUAUUAUAAUACUACUCGUGGGUUUUUUCUUCUUUGAAGUUUUCGAGUUAAGUGUAACGCCGAUAGCCUGCCGGCCCCCUGCAUCCACGGUGAAAAAAUAUACAACGAGUAUAAACGCUAUAAACAGUAGCGGUGUAAUAAUAAUAAGAGAUCGAAGGGGGAAAAACAACGAAGAAGAAGGAGAAGAAGGAGAAGAAUUUAUAAGAAAAGUUGAGUUAAAGUGCGUGAGACGGAGGCCCAACGAUUUGACAGUGUGUGCGUCUUUACGCAUGAGGGCCCUAUGGCUACUGGAUUGGUCAAGUGGUGUCGUGCAAGGUUCCUCGCUGGCUACAAGCCCUUUUCUGUCGUUGGCGGAGGUCCCGAUGGAAGCGACGCCGAAGAGUUGCUGGCGGGCGUCGCGGCGCCGUGCAGCAGCUCUCCACCUCCACCACUGCCCUUGCUUACGCCGCCGGAAUCUUCUACGACUCCAACACCGCCAACCGUCAAUGAAGAUCAGACGAAUUCCCAUGCAACGAGACAGCUUAGCUUUGAGGAGUUCGAGUGCGACGUUUCUGUAGCAGAGGGCGAUAGACGAAGGCAGGAGUUUUCCUUCACCUUGUACGACUUUGAUGGUCAUGGCAAGAUCACCAAAGAUGAUAUUGCUGGACUGGUUACAACUAUUUACGACACUCUGGGUGCUUCAAUUCAAGUCCCCCCAUGUGGCAGUAAAACAAUUAAAGUAAAGCUGACCGUAUCACCAGAUCAGAGAACUGGCCAGGCACAUGUGACACCUGUAAAAACGGCAAACCUUCCUCAAAGCUUACCUGCCCCAGCACCUUGUUGCCAUGUUAAACAUGUUACUUCCUGCGGUCAUGCAAAACAUGCGUCUCGCAGAGUUCCCAGGAGGAGAAGAGUACAGCGCCAUCGAUGCCAGUCAGAGCAUGGAGCGGAUAGUCCAACAGAAGAUGACGCUAGAAAUUUGCCAGCAAAUCAAUCGAAGCAAGAAGAACUUAGAAGAAGAGUUGGGCCAGUGCCUCACUUGCCUUCACCUUACUCAAACAGCUCAGAAGGUGAUGUAAGCGAAGAUAGCGACGCAUCACCAUUGCUAACACCUCUCACACCUCUGGUUCCAAAUCAGCCCAGAAAGCGUAGUGGUGCUAUGCAGAGACAGCAGCUGCUCGAAAUUAUUCAAGCAAAUAUGGAGAAGAACAAUCUCAGUUUUCACGCAUCUAGGAAACGACACCAAAACGAGCAAGCGCGCAUUCCACUUCGGAGUCCAUAUACGGAACCCUCGAGUCCUUACAUUCAGAGAUGUAGACCAUCGCAAACACCUCGUCAACCAACCUAUCACAAGCCAGUUCGGGAGCAACCUCAUCAUCCAAAUUCUUUACCUGACGUUCCAGCAAAGCCUAGGGGAAAUGGGAGGAAGCCGCGUGUGCACCACAGUCCUCAGACAUGUACCCCGCCACAUCCGGCUGAAAGUUAUGGACAAGUGCAUACAGUUUCGCAAAAUCUGACUACUUCAGCCACCCAGAAUAAUUUAAACUCGACCAAUCCUAAUAAUAUUAAUAAUCAGAAUCAUUCUAAUAAUCAAUGUAAUAAUCUGCAUACGAAUAAUCAGCGUAACGAAGCUCAUGUUCAUCCGCCGAAUAGUGGAAAACCGGGUAAAAAACAUCAAUUGAAACAUGCCACACGGGAACAGGAUCAGGCGAGAGCCAUGGCCCAGGUUGUACGUUGGCUAGAACGUGAGUUUUCUCAAGGUGCUGCUGCAGCUGCUGGUAGGAGACACGUUCAUGAACAUAUUCAUCAUCACUAUCAUCACUAUCAUGCCGAGGCACUUGUAUAACCCCCGAUUAUCAUCGGAAGGAUUGUUAGGGCUGACAUAUUGAGAGUUACAGAUAUGUAGUUCGAAUAUUAGGUUUGCAUGCAGCAUAAAUCGCAUAAUCUGUGGGAUGUUGAAUAAGCUCUUCAACUGGUUUUUGGAAAGAG